CCGGGUGCGAGCUGUGGUGUAUUUAAAGAGCGGAUGGAUGGCAGAAAUCGAAAUUCAUCAGAAGAGCGAACUCAGAAGCAAGCGAUAAAACCCCAGUUUGAAUUGACUUUUUCCCGCGACGAGGUGUAAAUUAAUUAAUAUUGAAGAAUCACUCUACUACGAUUUUACUAGAAACCAAACAUGUCAUCAGCAAAAGGAGUAGCCAUUGGAAUUGACCUGGGCACCACCUACUCCUGUGUGGGGGUGUUUCAGCAUGGAAAAGUGGAGAUCAUCGCCAAUGACCAGGGAAACAGAACAACACCCAGCUAUGUUGCCUUCACUGACACUGAGAGGCUCAUUGGAGAUGCUGCUAAAAACCAGGUGGCCAUGAACCCCAACAACACCGUGUUUGAUGCCAAGAGGCUGAUUGGCAGGAAGUUUGAUGACCCAGUAGUGCAGUCUGACAUGAAGCACUGGUCCUUCCAAGUCAUCAGUGAUAGCGGAAAGCCAAAGGUUCAAGUCGAAUACAAAGGAGAAAACAAGACAUUUAAUCCUGAAGAAAUUUCCUCUAUGGUCCUGGUGAAGAUGAAGGAGAUUGCUGAAGCUUAUCUGGGGCAGAAGGUGACAAAUGCAGUUAUCACAGUUCCUGCCUAUUUCAAUGACUCGCAGAGGCAAGCCACUAAAGACGCUGGAGUGAUCGCUGGGCUCAAUGUCCUCAGAAUCAUCAACGAGCCCACCGCUGCAGCCAUCGCCUACGGCCUUGACAAAGGCAAAGGAGCAGAACGCAACGUCCUGAUCUUUGACCUGGGUGGAGGCACCUUUGACGUGUCCAUCCUGACCAUUGAAGAUGGCAUCUUUGAGGUGAAAGCCACAGCCGGAGACACUCAUCUGGGUGGCGAGGACUUUGACAACCGCAUGGUGAAUCACUUUGUAGAAGAAUUCAAGAGGAAACACAAAAAGGACAUCAGUCAGAACAAGAGGGCACUGAGGAGGCUGCGGACAGCGUGUGAGCGAGCCAAGAGAACCCUCUCCUCCAGCUCUCAGGCCAGCAUUGAGAUCGACUCGCUGUACGAGGGCAUCGACUUCUACACGUCCAUCACCAGAGCACGCUUUGAAGAGAUGUGCUCAGACCUCUUCAGGGGAACACUUGAGCCUGUGGAGAAAGCCCUGAGAGACGCCAAGAUGGACAAGUCUCAGAUUCAUGAUGUCGUCCUGGUUGGUGGAUCAACAAGAAUCCCAAAGAUCCAGAAGCUCCUGCAGGAUUUCUUCAACGGCAGGGACUUGAACAAGAGCAUCAACCCAGAUGAGGCAGUGGCUUACGGUGCAGCGGUGCAAGCCGCCAUCCUCAUGGGUGACACAUCUGGAAAUGUCCAGGACCUGCUGCUGCUGGAUGUUGCGCCACUGUCUUUGGGCAUCGAGACUGCAGGUGGAGUCAUGACAGCCCUCAUCAAACGCAACACCACCAUCCCCACCAAACAGACCCAGACCUUCACCACCUACUCAGACAACCAGCCUGGUGUCCUGAUCCAGGUGUAUGAGGGAGAGAGGGCCAUGACAAAAGACAACAACCUGCUGGGUAAAUUUGAGCUCACAGGAAUUCCACCUGCACCACGUGGUGUCCCGCAGAUUGAAGUGACCUUUGACAUUGACGCCAAUGGAAUCCUGAAUGUGUCAGCGGUGGACAAAAGCACUGGAAAAGAGAACAAGAUCACCAUCACCAAUGACAAGGGCAGACUGAGCAAAGAGGAGAUCGAGAGAAUGGUGCAGGACGCAGACAAGUACAAAGCUGAAGAUGAUCAGCAAAGAGAGAAGAUUGCUGCCAAAAACUCCCUGGAGUCGUACGCCUUCAACAUGAAGAGCAGUGUGGAAGAUGAGAACCUGAAAGGCAAGAUCAGCGAGGAUGACAAGAAGAAAGUCAUUGAGAAAUGCAACGCCGCCAUCAGUUGGCUAGAGAACAACCAGCUGGCUGAUAAGGAGGAGUAUGAACAUCAGCUGAAGGAGCUGGAGAAAGUCUGCAACCCAAUCAUCACUAAGCUUUAUCAGGGAGGGAUGCCAGCUGGAGGCUGUGGAGCUCAGGCACGUGGCGGAUCAGGGGCCGCUUCCCAGGGACCAACUAUUGAAGAGGUGGAUUAAAGUUAUGGACUAAUGUCAUGUGUCAGUUAGAAGAACUCUCUUAAACUUUGAGCAAGGAUUUUUAAAAUGAUAUUGCUGCUCUAACAGUCCUGUUUUGUUAUGUAUGAACCAUAAACCACUGUAUUUUAUGUACUCAAUUUGUAUAUAUUUGUAUAUACUGUUACGAUGUAAAUAAUACAAGCAUGAUUAUCUUUAAUGGACAAUGAACAUUGUUCAUUUUUUUAUUAAAUAUGAAAUGUUUUCUCAUUAAAAGGUUAGUCAUGUGGUUUAGUAAAGUGAAGUGCACUCUUUUUUACACUCUUCUCAAACAGGCUUGCUACCAUAUGAAAUGAUCAUAUAAAACAUGAUGCACUUUUUUUUAAUUUGUUAAUACAAGUUCAGCUGAGUUUGAAUGUUACUCACUCACCCGCUACUCAGUUUGACCCUUCAUUCUACUUUUUAAGGUGCAACAGAUUUCAAACAAUUUACUGAACUUUGUGGUUUGUGUUCCUGGUACAGAACUGUAAGAGUUUUAAUAUAUUGUGAAGAUAUAAUGAAGAAAUGUUGUUGUUUUGUUAUGAAGGCAAAAAAUGUAUUAAUCUCACCCUAAACUAGACUGCAAGACAAAUCAUGUUAAUGAAAAUAUUACACUAAAGUAGAAUGUGCCAAAAAUAAACUUUAUUAAAUUUUCCUAU